GUCCCCAGCCCGCGCACUGCCCCCGGUCUCUCUCUCUCAACACACCGAUAAGCCCAGUCCACCGGAUCUCCCGUAGUCCAGAGACUGAGUUGAAGGAAGGAAGCCAUGAUGAUGAUGGGCGAAGGCGUGAGCAUGCCGCCGUGGUCCCACCACGUCCCUGUGAGCGGCGUCGACGAAGGCGACGAGAUGACGCCGUACCUGCUCGCGGCGCUGCGCCAGUACCUGCCGUGCAACGACGCCGGCGCCGAGGCCGAGGAGGAUGAGGCGGCGGCGGCGGCCGCCGCCAUGGCGGCGGGCGUGGACGGCUACGGCUGCGACGAGUUCCGCAUGUACGAGUUCAAGGUCCGGCGGUGCGCGCGCGCGCGCAGCCACGACUGGACCGAGUGCCCCUUCGCGCACCCGGGGGAGAAGGCGCGGCGCCGCGACCCGCGCAAGUACCACUACUCCGGCGCCGCCUGCCCGGACUUCCGCAAGGGCGGGUGCAAGCGCGGCGACGGCUGCGACAUGGCGCACGGCGUCUUCGAGUGCUGGCUCCACCCGGCGCGCUACCGCACCCAGCCCUGCAAGGACGGCACGGCCUGCCGCCGCCGGGUCUGCUUCUUCGCGCACACCGCGGACCAGCUGCGCGUGCUCCCGCCCACGCCUCAGCAGCAGUCCAGCCCCAGGGGCGCCGCCUGCUCUUCCCCGCUCGCCGAGUCCUACGACGGCUCCCCGCUCCGGCGCCAGGCGUUCGAGAGCUACCUCACCAAGAGCAUCAUGUGCUCGUCGCCGACCAGCACCCUCCUGUCGCCGCCCAAGUCGCCCCCGUCGGAGUCCCCGCCAUUGUCGCCCGACUUCCGCCGUGGGUGCUGGCCGGGCGCCGGGUCCCCCGUCAACGACGUGCUCGCCUCGCUCCGCCAGCUCCGCCUCAGCAGGGCCAACUCGUCCCCGUCGGGCGGCUGGUGCGGCUACCCUGCAUCCGCGGUCGCGUACGGAUCGCCUACGGGGGGCGCGCUCUACGGCCUGUCCUCCACCCCGAGGGCCACCGCCGCAUCCUGCUACAUGGCCAACCUGGACCCUCUCGACGUCAGCUUCGGCGGCGACGACGAGCCCGUGGAGAGGGUGGAGUCCGGCCGCGCCCUCCGCGCGAAGGUGUUCGAGCGGCUUAGCAGGGAGGGCGCUGUUUCCGGCGACGCCGGUGGCCCCGACGUCGGUUGGGUCUCCGACCUCAUCAACUGAGCGCGGCGGCGGCAGUGGCAAUAACAAUGGGCACGGAGAAAGGUGAUGGUGAGCCGUAACGGAGAAGGAUGGUACGGAGUAUCCAAAAAAAAAAUAUUUCCCUAUAUUUAAUUUCGUUCCUCAGUUAAUUCCGAUAAUCCCCGUGUACAUAUCUAUCACCCUGUGAAUAUUCUCAGUUGGUAAGAGGGAGGAUGCUAGGUGGUGGAAGUGGAAGGAGGGGUGGAUUUGUUUUGGGGUUCUUGAGGGUAGUAGAAAAUAUCCAAGAAAAAUAGAAAAAAAAAGUGUACAGCAGAUGCAGUAGCGCGGUGGCGGUGGUUGUGUCCCUCUUCUGUGCAUAGGGUUAGGGUGUUGGUGGCGAAGCAUGGCGGGGGCUGAUGUGACGACGAAGGCGGGCCGGAUUUCCACCACGGCUUGGUAUUUCUGUGAUUCCGGAACAUGGUAGUUUGAUGUUGUUUUUUUUAAGUUAGUGGACUAGUUGGCGAUUGCAA